AAAUUAUGAAGAAAUUGAGUGAAUCGGCGGAUGUAGUGAUAGAGCCCUUCAGACCCGGAGUUAUGGAAGCGCUAAGUUUGGGUCCAAAAGAUCUGAUGGCAACCAAUGAAAAGCUAAUAUACGCGCGGAUGACAGGUUAUGGCCAGAGCGGGUCAUUGGCUAAAAGAGCCGGUCAUGACAUCAACUACUUGGCCAUCGCUGGCAUUCUGUCAAAAUUAGGCCCAAAGGACACGCCUUCGCCUCCCAUUAAUAUUUUGGGAGACUUUGCAGAGGCGGUGGACUUCUUUGCGCUUUUGGUAUUUGUUUGGCUCUUCUCGAGCGGACUCGUUCAGGAAUGGGACAAGUGAUUGACGCU